GCCGCCACCCCGCCCAGUUCCCUGUCCCCGGGUCCGGCCGUGUCUGUCCGACUCGCCUGCCCACGGCCGCCGCCACCGCCGCCAAAAUGUCUGCAGGGGGCUCCGCAGUGUCCGGUGCUGCUGUGGGCAGCAAUCGCCGACUCCAGCAGACACAGAACCAAGUGGACGAGGUGGUAGACAUCAUGAGGGUCAACGUGGACAAGGUGCUGGAGAGAGACCAGAAGCUGUCGGAGCUCGACGACCGGGCAGACGCGCUGCAGGCGGGGGCUUCCCAGUUCGAGACGAGCGCGGCCAAGCUCAAGAGGAAGUACUGGUGGAAGAACUGCAAGAUGUGGGCCAUCGGGAUCGCUGUCCUGAUCAUCAUCAUCGUCAUCAUCGUGGUGUGGUCUGUCUCAUCCUGAGGAGCCGCAGCCGCCCCGCGCCCCGCCUGCCCCCCACCACGUUCACCGCCCGUUUUCUAAAACAGUUGCUUCAGUUAACGUAAGGCUUCUAGGAAGUGCCUUGGUUGUCCGUCUGUCCGGACCAGACGUGUGGCCCCGGGGCCUGGCACAGCCGCGGGUGCCCCUCACCCCGGGACCGUCUCCCCAGACCCACGUGCCCACCCCCCCAUCCUGUCUCACCUCGUGCCUCGGAAAUGAUGCGCCCUGCCCGCGUCCCCAGGGCGUCCGACUCGGCUGCUCUUUCCCAUGGACUGGUCUGCCAGAACCGCGGCUGUGACCAAAGUUUCUACUUUGCCAAAAAGUUUAACUCCCAGUCAAGGGCUAUUUAGCUGGUUCCUGACAGAGAAGUUCCAAAAUUCUGUAUUUUAAUAAAAGGGCCUCCUGGUGCCUUUGGCCUCGGGGCAAGGGUGGGGGGUCGCCUGCCAUGGCCACUGUCCCCACUUGUUCUUGCCUGGCCAUCUCGUGCCUUCAUCCGAUGUCUGUGCCCAUGGGCCAGGCCAGCGGCUCCUUUGUGCCUGUCGCCCAUGUCCCAGGUGUGCCUGCCACGUUCUUGGUCGGGCGACUGCCCACAGCACAGAGCUGCCGGGGGCUGUCCCUGCCCCCGUCCCCCCACCCCCAUCCUCAGUGCCUUCCGGGUCAGUGCGUGGUGCCCGCCAGCCACUCCGCCCGCGAAUACCUCCUCAUGUCUGUGCCUUUCGCUAGGAACUCGUCCCUCAGAGGAA